AUGAACCUUUAUAUUGCUGCACUUGCGCUGCUAAGCUGUUGCGUGUCGUUCGUUCGUUCCACAGCCGUCGAAAAGCCGCCUGUGCUGCAUAUCAACCGCACCUUCCUCAAUCCGUUGCCGCUGCCGCUGCAACACAUGGUGGUCGACCGCGCGUACAGUGGCCGCAUUUACGUCGGUGCCGUCAAUCGGCUUUACCAGUUCAACUCGGGCUUGGAUCUUCAAGCGUAUUAUGAAACAGGGCCUGCAAUGGAUUCACCGAAUUGUCCGGCGUUCAACUCUUGUUACGUGCGGAAACAUGAAAUGAAUAACUACAACAAAGCUUUGGCCAUUUACCAGAAACAGACAAAGCUGAUAGCCUGUGGGUCUCUUUUCCAGGGCGGCUGCCAGCUGCACAACCUCUACAACAUUUCGAUAUCUGACCCGCGCACUUCGGAGCUGGUCGUCGCAAACGACGACCAUUCAUCGACCGUUGCUUUCGUUGCCCCUGGUCCUCCGGAUCCGGCCACCACCGACGUAUUUUACGUCGCCAGUACCUUCACCGAUCUCGGACCGUACAGUGACGAUGUGCCGGCCGUCGCCAGUCUCAGUCUCCAACCCAACAACAUGUUUAAAGUGGCGCAUAGGUAUUUGUUUCAUGUUUGUUUUUAA